GGAGGAGCCAGAGAAAAAGCCAAACAACCCUCCACGCCCUGCAGAGUCAGAGAAGUUCCUCCGCAUUCCUCUCCCACAAAACCACGCACAUCAAUACCUCAGAGGGAGAGAAAGCAGGGAGGAACCACUCUCGGGGGCUGGGAGUUUUGGGAAGGGCCCCGACGAAGGACUGGAGAGCAGAACCAUCCCAUCACCAUCGGCGCCCUGCCAGUGCCAGCCUCACCAUGAGUAAGGCAGGUGAUGACGAAGGUGUACCUGGUGGCCGAGGAGAACCUGCAGACGGGAAGACGCCGAGCAAACUGAGCGCCCCGUCCUCCACGCCAGGCUGGGGCAAAGUCAGCUGCCCCUGCUGUGCCUCAGAACGGGUCGAGCCGCUGGUUCUGGUGAAGCUCGGACAGAAGGUCAUUCCCGAGACGAAGCGCUGGCUCAUCAAACUGAUCAGAGCUCCUCAGAAAGAAGGAGGUGCCGGGUUAUUGGCUCACCCGGGCGAGGACGCCACUGGUAACAUCAUCGUGUUGUCGGCACCGCGCUGCACGUUACUGCGAGCCACGGAGGAGCUGGGCUUGUGCAAGAUUUACCGCAACGGUGAAAUGGAGGCCUUCGCCUACGAUGACAGAGACAACUUCAGAGAUUCAGACAACAUGGAGGUGUUUCUAACAUCUGCGGAGCGACAGUACAUCAUAAAGUACGAGCUGGACGGACUGCGGGCGCAGAAGGACCUGAGGAUACCAGGAAUGCUCGACAGCUGCACACUGCAGAGGAGAGACAACAUCUGGCAGAAGCUGGGAGCUGCUGGUGUGAUUGUAGACACAUUUCCUCUCCACAACCCGGGCAAACUAAAGGAUCUCAGUGAAGCCUGGUACGCUGGGAACCAGCUGGCUCAGCCACUGGACAAAGUGAACGAGUAUUUUGGUAGCUCGAUGGCUUUCUACUUCAGCUUCCUCGAUUUCUAUACCUGGUCUCUCCUUCCACCGGCUAUACUGGGCAUUUUCAUCGCAUAUUUCUCAAGAGAGGUCCAGAGGGAGAUGCUGCAGUCAGUCUCGGGUUCUCAGGCAGGGGAAGUCCAGGACGACCCAGAACCUCUCAUCAGCGGUCACAUGCUGCAGGCGGUGUUCAGCAUGCUCUGGUCCACCGUGUUUAUGGAGAUGUGGAAACGCCGCAGAGCCUCGCUGUCGUACCGCUGGGGCACCCUAAACCUCGCCGAGCGCUUUGCGGAGCCACGGCCGGGCUUCCACGGCGACUUGGGGGUCAACCCUGUGACCGGUCGUGUAGAGCCGCUGUUCCCUGAAUGGAAGAGGGACCUGCGGAUGGCACUGGUGUCUGUCCCAGUGGUGGGGCUGUUUCUAGGACUGGUGGUUCUGGGGAUGAUGUGUUUCUACUGGGCAGAGGCCCGGGUGCAGCAGCUGCACAAAGACUGGGACUCCAUGAUUUCUCAGGCCUUACUCUACACGCCCUCAGUGCUCCAUAUUGUCUACACAAACAUGCUCGCCACAGUUUACAAGACCGUGGCCACAUCUCUGACCGAAUAUGAGAACCAUCGAGAGGAGUCGGCAUAUGAAAACCAUCUGACAGGCAAAGUCUUAGUGUUCACCUUCUUUAACAACUUUGCAGUGCUCUUCCAUAUCGCCUUCUUCAAGCAGGACGUGACCCUGCUUCGAAAGCGUUUAGCUUCUUUGCUGAUCAUCACUCAGCUGGUGAAUCAGGUGACAGAGGUGGUCAUACCUUUCCUUGUGGACCGAUUCAUCAGCGCCCCCCACAGGGCAGAGAACAAAGAUGAUCCAGAAGAAGACAAAUUUCGGAAUCAAGGCACCCUGCCUCCUUUCCCAGGGCUGUUUGCAGAAUACAUCGAGCUGCUGGUGCAGUUUGGGUAUUUGAGUCUUUUCUCCUGCGUGUUUCCUUUGACUGCCAUUCUGCUGCUUCUCAACAAUCUAACAGAAAUCCGAUCGGACGCCUAUAAGGUCUGCAAACUCUUCCGUAAACCCUUUUACCCUCCUGUGGCCAGCAUGGGCGUGUGGCAGCACGCCUUCGAGGUGCUGAGUUUUGUGUCAGUGGUGUCCAACUGCUGGCUGCUGCUGCUGUCACCACGCGUGCAGGAGCUGAGUCAGGAGGCCGAGAUGACUGGCAGCAACCUUCUGAUGGGCGCUGUUAUCGUGGAGCAUGUCCUCAUAUUAGUUAAGGUGAUUAUGGCCGCCCUGAUACCAGAUGAGCCUGACUGGAUCAGGAAAAAGAGGGAGCACAUCGAGUACACGUCCAUGCAAGCCCUAAGACAGCAGAAACUGAAUGUUCAAGAGUCCUAACUUUGUUUCAAGACGUUGAAGUAGUGCCUCUGGAGGUAAAACCAAGGACAACAGAGCUCGAGUGGCCCACGUUGCUGCAGCUGUGACUCGGCUCCAACUGAUUUUUUUCUAUCUAUACUAAUUCACACAGUGCUUCUGCAUCUUAUAUGCAAACUGCAAGUGCAAUUCGAACAGCAGCUAAAUGUGCUUUAAUCCUUAAGCAGGGAGCCAAUGGAUUACGAUGACUGUAUUUCUUACAUAGGAAUGUGGUGAUGAAGACUAAGGGUUGAGAUUGUACAGUUAAUAUUUAAAAAAAUUGGACCCAGUUGCUGCGUCCACAUUCAGGGGCUGUGUCCUUCAAAAGGCCACAUUUGUAGGUCGAUUAUGUCCCGGCGAGGCGACAAAAAGAUUAAAGUUUGAUAUAUUACUCUGUGACACUGGAUGAACAUUUAAGAUGUCUUUAAGCGACAAUGUCGUUGUGUAAAACUCAAAGCGACAGAGCACUUUUGGGAGCAGAAGUGCGUCGACAUUUUCAAACUCCCGCUGGGCGUCAGCACUGAGGAGAAGUUAAACGGAUAUAAUUCAGUCAGAUCAUAAUCCAACGGUUCAUGUUUGGUUUGUUUCGGUGUUUCAUUUGUUGCUGAGCAGAUUGCUUUGGUUGACAAUGAAGUCAAGAUUCAUAAUGGGAUCAUUUAAAUAAAAAAAAUCUAACCUCAAUGGCUUAGUGGAGAGCUGGAGAGAAUAUCUGCAAAUAAAUAAUUGGCUCAUCUUUAACAGAUUCCCGUGUUGACGGUACAACUGCUGGAGUUUAAGGAUAAAAUAAACAAAAAAAAAAACUAAACGGAGCAAAAGUAUGGGCUUCAUUUUUAUGGCUUUCAAACUCUGUGCUUGACGCUGACCGGGUCCUUUGAGGGACGCAGUCUCUGAGUUUGGACACAGGUAGUAUGUAAAGUUAUGAAUGGUGCCAAAAACAGGCAGAAUACCCGUGUAAUUUCUGCCACCCGGUGACAAAACGCUGAGUCAUAGGAAGAGGACAGUAUCAUUAACAGUAGAUAUAAAAAAAAAUAAAAAACUGAACUUUUAAAACAACUUUUUGCAAUAUCUGAAGUACAUCAUCUUUUUCCAGGUAGGCCUAUUUAUUUAAAAAAAAACAUUUUUUUAUAAAGAUUUCUCUAGUUUUGUUUUAAUAAGUCUUGAUGCACCUAAAUGCAUUGCAUGGUCCAAAACAUUGUGACCACCAUCUUUUCAACAGGGGGCGCUAGAGUACCACCCCAUAAAAAUUGCAGGGAAAAGUGUAGACACAAUAAACCUUGAUUACAAAAUAAAAACGUAUUAUCACAUCUGUUCUCCUAUAAAAUGCAUCUUUUGACUUUUCAGAAUUCCCAUUCCAUUUGAGUUUUUUUUUUGUGUAGGCCUCCUAAUUUUAAUUUUCUAAGCGGAGGGGCAUCAGACAAAUGAGCGUGUAUGUUUCUGUAUUAACUUUUGGCUGCCAUGUGACUUCAUGCUGGUCUCUAAUUGGUUACCUAAAGAUUCUCCUCGAGGCGUAGCUCUCUGAGCCUGGGGCCAUUCUUCGUCCUAUCAGAUUAAUAAAUCAGACCUGCCAAUCAAAGUCACAUGCCUGGCAGUUCAGAUGGGUAGGCGCCGAUGUCACUCCAACACACAAACAAAGGAUAAAAGAAAGAACAACAGAAGAAUCAGACAGAAAUGACAACAUAUGAGAAAAUGGUGCAGGGAAAGGAAAUUUGGUAAUUUAUUUACAGAAUAAUAGUUUCAUGAGGCUUUUUCUGGAGAUAAAAAAAGCGAUUAAACUACAGAUGACCACAUGUUUCCCCUCGCAUAAAUGUAGUCCUGAUUCGACUUCAUAAAAAAGGGAAAAAAGGACCUGAUAACAAGACUUACAACACAAAACUGUAACCUACCCUCCUCAUUACUCUACAUACUGCUUCUCACACAGCAGUCACUUCAAUUUAGUGUCCAAAAAUCCCCUAUUAUUAGGUUCAGUGCGGUUCUUUUAUAUCUGACAAGAAGCAGAAGAAGAUGUGUGAUAAUGUGCACAGUACAGCAUACGUUUAGGCUCGACUGUCUUUAAAUUUCUUAUUGGGGUUUUAACCAACUGCUCUUCAAGCUUUUGGGGGCUUCUUUGGAAUUUGGCUGCUUUUUCAUUGAAGUACCUGACCAUUUUCAGAGGAAUGAUUUUUGUUCACUUCUUAAAACAUGACUUAUAAACCCCUGAGGCAUAAGAAAGAAAAAACUUGAAUGAGUGUUGUGCUCACUUGUCAUAGAUAACGUUAUGGGUUUUUGAAUCAGUUUUCCUGACUUGUUUCUCUGCACAUUACCACAAACUUGUAGAGAAGUAGAGAGCUUUAAAACUUUCUAAAUCUGUGGUGGUGUGUGCCCCACAGGUGCCUCAUUUAAGUGAUCACUAGGGCUGGGCAAUAUAUGGAGAUUUAAAAAGAGGCCAUUCGUGCUCUCUAGUCAGGGUUAGACUCCUAUACUUUGGACUUUUCUGUCCCUCUUCUAUCUCUGUGCCUAUUUCCUGUCUGAUUUCUGUAAAUUAAAAAAAAAAAACAGAGAUAAAUACCGGCAAUAAAAUUAUCGGCAUUCAGCCUAAAUAUAUCAAGAUAUUUUUGGUCCAUAUUGCUCAGCCCUAGUAAUCACUUAAAUUAUUUUAUGUAUUGACUGUACCACAGAAAACAUGAAAUUAAAUAAAUCCUAGACUAGUAUUUCUUAACAACAUGCCACAGCAUGCUUUGAAGAUGAUUUUUUUUUAAACUUGCAUUCCAUAAGUAACUAUUAUAGAUACAAUAUUUUAUUUGUUGAAUCUAGUUAUUGCAAUUUUAUCGAAACAAACAUAUACAUAGGCUUCUAACAAAUCAUCCAUUCUAUUUGAUUGUGACAAUUAAAGUCUAAAUAAUGAUAUAAAAAUUAUCAAAUGUAAUGUUUUGAAAAACCUUUUUUUACGACACAAAAACAUUUAUACUAAGCGUUUCAAAGGAAGAAAGAAAAGAAAAAAAAUGUCAAUGCUGAAACAGAAAUGUCUUAAAAGAGAAGAAAUAAAAUCCAUUAGAAUAUGAUUCAAUAACCUCAUGUCUGUUCUUUUGAAAUCUCAUUCUUAGGCCUAAAGUAACAUUUACUUUUCAGUACCAUCAGCAUUGUGUUAUUUCCAAAUGUAAUCUACGAAACUGUCUACCACCUGCAGCUAAAGUACAACGCCACAACAAUCUGCUGCUUUAUUUUAACAUGUUGCAGUACACACACACAACACCACUGAAGUGCUCAAGUUUAGAUACUUAAUAAAAUAUCAGUAAUGAAAAGGUAUAAAAUAGUUUACCAAACAACUCUGAAAAUGGGCAGGUACACCAAAAUAACUGCUAAAACUACUUUAAACAAAGCAGCAAAUGUCAAACAAACGCUUUUAAAAUAUUUAUGUUGCUUCGGCAUCCUUGUCGAAUUGUCAGUGUUUUAAAGUAUGCCAGAAAAUUAACAGGUGUAUGUACUAGUUAAACAAUAAGCUAAAUUUAACUUAAUCUAAACUUUCACGUUAAGCUCUCUCAAAUACAAGGUCUUGACUGAAUUUAAAACUAUUGGAUACUUUGUUAUUAUACAUUUUUGUUUCAUGCCCUGGACAACCCAGUAAAACCAAGAUUGAAAUGAAUUUUGUGGCUAAAGACAUUAUUAGAGCGAUUUUUGAUGAGCUAAAUAUGAGCGAAGUCUCAUACACACCUUUACUACUGUAGUAAGUUCACAAAUUGUGAACACAAAUUAAGUAACUGAACAAAGAAAUGUUUUACUUACGGGAGUGUUUUCCCUUGGACACGAGGUAGCGUUUCUGGUCCGUUAGCGGCGCCAUGUUGGCUAAUGUCAGCUAACAGCUGCUAGCCAGGUUAUCAUCGGUCACUGUGCUAAAUAAAUAAGGAAAAGUUACUGUAAUGUGCAAGUUAUUUUAAAAUGAUACUGUCUUCUCCUUAACUAACAUUUAUGAAACCAUCUGUAAACUACGCAUUAGGGUUCUAAAAUAAUUUAACGCCGUGGAAAGAGACCAAAGAUGUGCUAUAUUAUUAUUUAUCAAUUAGCUUGUGCAUUAACUGUGCAGAGAGCCACAUGCCACCAACUGCAACAUUUUAAAGUCACAUAAUGCAAGUUCUUAUCACACGUGUUCACUGAUAGUUGUUUUAAUUCGAUAUCUUUAAGGUGCAGUUUUACAGCCAGUUGUGAGUCUACAAUCAUGUUUUUCUAUGUUGUUGUUUUGCUGUCAAGUGUUAUUAGUCUCUUUAGCCACCAGGUGUCGCCACAUACUGAUAUUUAUGCCGAUGCAUUUGUAACAAUCAGUACUGGUGGCUGCUGGACUCAUUCUGCAAAGAUGCAGAAGGAUGGAGAGACUUGUUCAACCAGCUGCAGCUGCACAUUUGCAGACCUGACAAAAAAUAUAUAAAUAUAUGGACCUUAGUGUGUAUAUGUAGGUGUGGUUGUGUACAGUUGCGAUGUGUACAUGAAGAUAAAAGUUGGCAGUGUUUGUUUGUUGUGUAAUAAUAAAAUCACUUAAAGUCA